AUGACUAACAAAAGUACUAUUAACAGUAUUAAUAGUUCUCAUGAUGUUACUUAUGAAAUUUUAGUUCAAAACACUAGUACUAUUGUUAAUAGUCAAACUAAUUUUAUUCAUGAAAAUAAAACAGUUAAUGAAAUUUGUAAUCUAGUACAAUUUACCAAAGUUACAACUAAUUGGUGGUAUUGGAUAUUUAUAAAACAAUUAAGUUAUUCCAUAUGUAUUAUAUUUCGACAAUCUAUGUUAAUAUGUUGUGGAUUUUUAUAUUCAAGUUAAAUAAUGAAAUUAAUUUAUAAAUACAAAGAUCUAUAUAUUUUUUUUCCUUGAAAAACUUGAACCAGAUUGCCAGAUGAAAUGUUGGAUUUAAUUCUAAUUCUUUCGCUGAGAUUUUACAA